AUGUGCUCCGCAGAUAUUUUCCUCGGCCUGCUGGCCAUCCUCUUCCCUCCUCUACCCGUCUGGGUCAAGACCGGCAUCUGCUCCGCCGAUUCCCUCAUCAACAUCCUCCUCUGCGUGCUAGGCUUUGUAAGUCGCAAACCCCCCCUCCUGUGGCCGUCGCACCCUUCCAUGCUAAUCUCGAGCCUUGCGAUGCAGAUCCCCGGCCUCCUCCAUUCGUGGUAUAUCAUCGCCAAGUAUCCCGAGCCGAGCUACGAGUACCAGACCGUCUCGCAGGACAGCGAGGCCGGCGGCGGCCGCGUCACCUACGUCAUCGUCCAGCCGGACGGUCGCCACCACCACCAGCACCAGCCGCCCAAGCCCCAGGGCCACAUGACCUACGGCACGACCGACAACGCCAGCGGCGGCCCCUCGUCGCAGACCCAGAAUGCCGGCGAGGGCGGCAGCAACGGCGCGCCGCCGCCGAGCUACGCCCAGGUCGUCUCUGGCGAUCAUAAGGUGCAGACCCAGGAGUAG